UACACACACACACACGCUGGAGUUGCAGUCCAGUCACAGUCCAGGGAGCUUGUGUGAGCUGUGUGUGUGUGUGUGUGUGUGCUCCUGGUUACUGCCUCAGACUUUUCUGUCAGAUUAUGAGUUUACGUGCCAUCAAUGAAGAGCCAAAACACGACACGUCACUGGGGAACUUUCACCGCGUGUUCACACCUCCUGCAAAGGUCAUUAACCUCUGAGAAAGGACUGAUCCGGUCUGACGUCUACUCUCCAAUAACACUGAACCUUCAUGUAUCGGAUGAGCCUUUUGAUCAAGCAAGGAAAUGGCCAUGGUGUACAGACUCUAUGUAGGAAUUGUGACAGCUCUGGCCUUAUGCAAAUAUUGCCUCGCAGAGAGGAACGCCACCGAGGAGCCUGCCCAUCCAACCGUAGACCACUGUCAUCACCAUGACAACAGAGACAAUUGCACAGAGGAGUGGAGCGGCCAUUUCUCCACAUGUCCAGAGGAAUUCAAGCACUACUGUGUCCACGGAGAGUGUCGUUAUGUUGAAGAACAGAAGACGCCGUCCUGCAGGUGUGCGCCUGGUUACGUCGGCUACAGGUGUCAAUACGUGGACUUGGACUGGCAGAAAGCAGAGAAGCGACAAAUCAUCAUCGCAUGCGUCGUCGUCGGACUCCUUCUCCUCAUUCUUCUAAUUGUCUUCAUCUUCUUUUGUUCACAUCGUAGGUACAGACUGUGUUGGCGGAAAGGAAGACGCAGGGAAGAACCGAGGAACGGGUCAGAGAAGCUCAGCAUGAUGGACACCCGAGCCACGCACACCGUCCCGACACCGGACACGACAGAGCCGCCUCACACUCAUGCCGCAAAUGUGCUGGUGGAGUUACGUCAGGCAGGGGCACACAGGAUUUUGAAGCCCCUCUUCUCUUGACGGGCAGCUGUGUUGGGGACUGCUGCAGAGAAAAGAAGACGCUCCCUCCUGGAUUCAUCACUCACACAAGCCGGAGAUGAGUGAUGCACUGGUUGUGUCCAGGCGAGGACGCUUGUCCCCGGUGUGGUGGAGCUACAGGCACUUGUAGCCUUCCACUUCCACUGCUGGCUGCAUAACUCUAAAUAAACUGUUGCUAUUUUGGAAGAAGUUGUGACUCCAGCUGGCAGCCAGUGAUUACAACUGAUGAUGUUGUUAGUCCGUGUUGGAUAAGACACCGAGAGGAAAAGUGACUGUGUGAAAAUACUACACUCCAUGCUCUCUCUAUACGUUUGAGGGAACUCUUGUAUACAAACCAUUGAAUGUAUGUAUAUAGACAUUAGACUACAAGCAGCUACAGCAUAGGCUACUGCAGUUUAGAGUCGUACUAUUUCUGCUGUGUUCACUACCUUCACUUUAGUGUCAUUUAUAUUGAUAUUUUUAAGCACAAAAUCAACAGCUCUGAUCACAUAAUCGCUCUGUGCACACUCACUCAGAAUGUCGUUACUUGUCAACACUAGCAAUGCAAAAGGGAAACCUCACAUAUUACUAAAGGUUGCAGUCCAGGUUACUCUGAGAGGAGAGAGGACAAGGAGAAGUUGUGUAUCUGUAUAUUUGGAGCCGGGCAGCCUCUCCGAGCUACAGAGGCAGAACAGCUGAGCCUGUGUGUGGAGGCUCGACUGAGGUGAAAGUGCUUCACUGUGUGAGACACUUUCCAUACUGCCAGCGUUUCACUGGCCGUAUCUAUCUCUAUGUACGUUGAUUCUACGUCUAAAUGUAGAAUUGGCACAUUCUUGGAGAUCUUGGAAUGAACACGUCUAUUCUACUUGUCAUUAAUGCAAAUCUUCUCCUCGCAAAGUGUCAGUUACAGUUGCACAGCCCUCGCUGUAUAAGAAAAGAUACUCUUGUGUUUUGCAAGAGAUGUUUCUCAACCAGGCCUCGCUCUGUUAACCGUGUCACAGUCUACUCCAGUUUCCUCUUUUUCACUCCUCGACAGUCUCCCAUGCCUCUUGAAUAUUCCAGUAGUUGUAACUCUCUAUGCAGGUCAUCGGUUUCGAAUGUUCAAAGCUGCCCGCCAUGCAAACGAGCAGCCAAGGAAUGUGCAGAUUAAGUCCAGGUGAUUGUACUUUGGUUGCGGUUUUAUUAUGCUGUAGUGUUGCCAUGGUGCUGGUGUCUAACCAGAGGGAGACAGACACUGUGUGAACAUUACACGAUACGGUCCUGUGACAUAAUGUGACUUAAUCUUGCAGGCGCACAGUAGUUAGUUAUCGUUUGUCCCGGGUUCGUCACUGAUACCAACAAUGUUUUAAUUUGAGCUCUUUUCGGACGUUCACGCCCCCUGAGAAACUGGGUUACUCUAGGCCGACGUGCGACAGGAAGAUGGUAAUGUUUGAUAAGAUUAAAACAACACGAUAGUAAAGUUUACAGUGCACACGCUGCGUGGUGCAUUUUGUUAUGGAUGUGUCUCAACUGCCGCCUUUGUUGUUUAUGCAUUGUCCACAUGAUAGAAAAACAGCAACAAAAACAACUAAAAGACAUAUCACGGCUCAAAACAACACAAGGGGAAACAAAUCCACAAGGACAACUCUUAGUUUCAUAAUUCAUCCGUUUGGUGUCAACAACCUGUCAUCUGGAUGUGAAAACACCUGCUCACAGCAUGAAUACAAACACAGGAUUAAAUGGAAUAGUGGGCAAAUUGUUACCUUUGGACAGAGCCAGGCUGUGUAACUUUGUUUUCAGUCUCCGUGCUCAGAUAAGCAAACCUGAUGACUUCUGCUUCCUUCUGAAAGGAAGGAAGCAUUUUUUCUCUUAAAGUCACCUUAGUUGUGGCUCCUUCAGGCCUCAAAAACUCUCUCCACAAAUGUCUUUGGGCACAGUCUGAUAGAAAUGGGUAAUAUAAGAAGGACCCAGUUGUUUUGAAACAUGCCCGCCCUUAAUUAACUGCAGUUUGGCCCUUUUCACAGUGAAACAGAGGCGAUUAAUUUCAGGGUCUAUCCAGAGGCGAAAAUGAAGUUUAACUGGGGAAAUUAGUUUUACAGCAAUGGGCCAAGAAGUGACACAGCAUGUUUUUGUAUUUUUGUAUUUUGUAUUCAGCAAGGACAUCUUACAUACUCUCUCUGUCUCUCUCUCUCUCUCUCAUCUACGACUGAGGAGGAUCUCUGAGUUAAUUUCAGUUGGUCCGUGUGGGCCGGCUGUCAUCAAAACAUUGACAGCAGUGGAAUGUCAGAGUUUCUAUAUGAGGGUGUGUCCGCCGGACUUGGAAAUAUGAGGCUGAUAAGACGGAACGAUACCAGCCAGACGCUUGUGCUCGAGCUGUUUGAUUUGGACGCAGUAAAAAUGUCUUUCAUAAAAAAAAAAAAAAAAAAUGGACUGUUGUUUUGUUGUGGUGGAUAUUAGACCGGG